GCGUUGCGGUGCGGAGGCUGCCAGCGGCGGCUCGUGCAGGACUCGGGGGCGUUCUUCUCGGCGUUUCCCUCGGCGGAGCCUUCUCCUCAGGCCCAGAUGCUCUUCAACUCAGUGCUGCGCCAGCCGCAGCUCGGCGUCCUGAGGAACGGGUGGUCUUCACAUUACCCUCUGCAAUCCCUUCUAAGUGGUUAUCAGUGCAACUGUAAUGACGAGCACACAUCGUAUGGAGAAACAGGAGUUCCCGUUCCUCCUUUUGGAUGCACUUUCUGUACAGCUCCCAGUAUGGAGCAUAUAUUAGCAGUUGCCAAUGAAGAAGGCUUCGUCAGGUUAUAUAACACAGAGUCACAAACUAGCAAAAAGACAUGCUUCAAGGAAUGGAUGGCUCACUGGAAUGCUGUCUUUGACUUGGCCUGGGUCCCUGGUGAAUUUAAACUUGUUACAGCAGCGGGUGAUCAGACAGCCAAAUUUUGGGAUGUAAAAGCUGGCGAGUUGAUGGGAACAUGCAAAGGUCAUCAGUGCAGCCUCAAGUCUGUAGCUUUUUCCAAGUUUCAAAAAGCCGUAUUCUGUACCGGUGGGAGAGAUGGCAACAUUAUGGUCUGGGACACAAGGUGCAACAAAAAAGAUGGAUUUUAUAGACAAGUGAAUCAGAUCAGUGGAGCUCACAAUACUGCAGACAAGCAAACCCCUUCAAAACCCAAGAAGAAACAGAAUUCAAAAGGACUUGCUCCUUCUGUGGAUUCCCAGCAGAGUGUUACUGUGGUCCUCUUCCAGGAUGAGAACACAUUAGUCUCAGCGGGAGCCGUGGAUGGGAUAAUCAAGGUAUGGGAUUUACGCAAGAAUUACACUAAUCGGCAAGAACCCCUAGCAUCCAAGUCUUUCCUGUACCCAGGUACCAGCACUCGAAAACUAGGGUAUUCAAGUUUGGUUUUAGAUUCUACUGGCUCUACUUUAUUUGCCAACUGCACAGAUGACAACAUCUAUAUGUUCAACAUGACUGGCCUAAAGACUUCUCCAGUGGCUGUCUUCAAUGGACACCAGAAUUCUACCUUUUAUGUAAAAUCAAGUCUUAGUCCAGAUGACCAGUUUUUAAUCAGUGGUUCGAGUGAUGAAGCUGCCUACAUUUGGAAGGUUUCCAUGCCCUGGCAUCCUCCUACUGUACUCCUGGGUCAUUCUCAAGAGGUCACGUCUGUGUGCUGGUGUCCAUCGGACUUCACCAAGAUUGCUACCUGUUCUGAUGAUAAUACACUGAAAAUCUGGCGCUUGAAUAGAGGUUCAGAAGAGAAACCCGGAGGCGAUAAACAUUCCAUGGUGGGCUGGACCUCUCAGAAGAAAAGAGAGACGAAAGCUGGCCUAGUAAUGGUAUCGAAUAGCCAGAGUACUCCUGCCAAAGCCCCCAGAGCCAAGAGCAGUCCGUCCAUUUCCUCUCCAUCAUCAGCAGCUUGUACUCCAAGCUGUACUGGAGACCUCCCUCUUCCUUCAAACACCCCCACAUUCCCAGUCAAAACUACCCCUGCCAAGACCCGGUCUCCAGUUGGCAGAAGAGGCUCCACCUCUUCUGUGUCUCCCAAGCCCCUCUCAUCUUUUAAGAUGUCUCUUAGAAACUGGGUGACCCAAACACCUUCCUCGUCACCUCCCGUCACUCCACCUGCUUCUGAGACAAAGAUCUCAUCUCCAAGAAAAGCCCUCAUUCCUGUGAGCCAGAAGUCAUCCCAAGCAGAUGCUUGCUGUGAAUCUAGAAAUAGAGUGAAGAGGCGUCUAGACUCGAGCUGUCUGGAGAGCGUGAAGCAGAAGUGUGUGAAGAGUUGCAGCUGUGUCACCGAGCUCGACGGCCAGGUGGAGAGCCUCCAUCUGGAUCUGUGCUGCUGCCUCUCCAGCAACCAGGACGCCCUCAGCAAGGACUCCACAGGUCCUGCCAAAUCAAGCAAGAUUGAAGGCACUGCUGCUGCAAGCAUCUCGGAGCCUCCUUCGCCUGUCAGUCCUUAUGCUUCAGAAGGCUGUGGAACACUGCCUCUUCCUCUGAGACCUUGUGGAGAAGGGUCUGAGAUGGUGGGCAAGGAGAAUAGCUCCCCAGAGAAUAAGAACUGGUUGUUAGCCAUGGCAGCCAAACGGAAGGCUGAGAAUUUAUCUCCACGAAGUCCAUCAUCCCAGACACCCAGUUCCAGGAGACAGAGUGGAAAGACAUCACCAGGCCCGGUCACCAUUACUCCCAGCUCCAUGAGGAAGAUCUGUACGUACUUUCGUAGAAAGUCUCAAGAUGACUUCUGUAGUCCUGAACACUCUACUGAAUUAUAGAUUCUAAUCUGAAAGUUCACUAAACUUGGGUCUACAACGAUGGCGGUGAAAUCGACUUUAUAAUUCUGCUCUUUAAGAAAGUGGUCAUAUUUUCAUUUUGGAAAUUUUAGCAGACUUAGGUUACACCCACCGUCUAGUGUACACAGCUUCCUGGGUCAGCGCUGUUUCCGUUUCACGGGAUGAUUUGUCAUCUGUAGCCUUUUCCGGCUGUCUGUGAUAAUGACAUACAGCUUAUGGAAGCAGAAAGCAAGGCUCGCCUCUAGUUAUCCUGAAACUUCUGUUUAGUGGAGAGUGUCUGUUAGUCCAGCACAGGGCCCACCUGUGAAGGCCAAUCUGGAGACAUCCUCUGCACAAGAUGCCUUAAGUGAGCAUGAUCCUAUCUGAAAUAUAUAAUCUGUUCACUCUACUUUUGUUUGUGUGUUUUUCAAACUGUAUAAAAUGUGAUAUUCACAUAAGUGCAUUCAUAUUGCUUCCAUGUUAAUAUACAGUAUCUUGAGUUGAAGUCAUGAUUACUUUAAAUACAGUGAUAAAUGUCAGCUAAGGGGAAAGUAGGAGAAAACAGAAAGCUGGAUUGUUUCUGUGAAAGCUGUGGGGGUCCCGUGAUUUUUAUUUUGUUUUAAACCAGAUUUCUGUCACAGACCAGCAUUGCUCUUGGGGUGGGGGUAGGGAGUUGUAAAGCACUUCCUUGAGAGAGAGGCUUUGUAAAAUCGGUCGUUAUUCACUGAAACCAGGGCUGGCGGUUAGGGAUGUAGAAUAGAGUUCUCAGUUCUCUAAGGUUUGUGACUUUUUUAAUGUUAUCAGAAUUUUAAGAUAAUUUCUUACUGGUAUU